UUGUGUUUUGAGUUCCAGCGCUCCCCUGUUGCUCUACAUUCUUUGUAGACCUACAUGGUGUGCAGAAUUUUAUUUGAUUUUGUUCUUUCUCGUCUGUGGCCUACCGCCUGUGAUUCUUGUUUCCAUCGGUCCUCGUCCAUUUGUCAUCUCGCUGGAAGCUGUUGUCGCUUGGCUUGAUCAAAAAUGGCGAAACAGAAUAAUUCCUUUGGCGUUGCGCUGUUUGGGGUUGGACGAGCGGGUACAAUUCAUUUUGGAAACAUCAUUCAACGUCCACGCCUGCAAGUUCUAUAUCUUGUUGAUAUCUUCCCUAAGAACUGUGAGCAGCUACUGGAAAAGAACUAUGUCCCACCAGGUAGAACGCAAGUUUGCUCUUACGAGAAUUCUCAAAAAGUGUUCGACGAUGAAAAUGUAUCAUUCGUGAUAGUAACCACUCCAACAGACCAACAUGAAGAGAUCGUCAGACGUGCUCUAGAUGCUGGCAAAGCAGUAUUCUGUGAGAAGCCCAUAGCCGUGGACCACACUCGCGCGGACCAGCUCUUUGCAUUGUCAGAGGAACGGAAGGUACCUCUGUAUUGUGCCUUCCAGCGGCGCUUCGACCCAAGCAUGGCAAGAAUUCAUGAUGAAGUCAUACAAGGUGAGCACGGCAAGGUUCACAUGAUCACAACAUUCAGCCGUGACUCUCCGCUGCCCUCUAUGCAGUAUUUGAAAAUCAGUGGCGGCAUCUUUCAUGACUGUGCUGUACAUGAUAUUGAUAUGGUUUGUUGGAUUGCCAACGAGAAGCCAGACUCUGUGUUUGUGCGCGGCACUGCUCGCCACCCGGAGAUCAAAGCCAUGGGCGAUGUGGACACAGUUGCUAUCACGCUGACGUUCCCGUCCGGAGUGCUGGCGACCAUUCACCUAUCUCGUCAUGCCACCUAUCAUUAUGACCAGCGUCUUGAAGUGCAUUGUGAUAAGGGCAUGCUGCAGUGUGGAAACGAAGCAGCCGAUAUUGUACAAACAUUUGGCAGCAAUUCAGUGCAGGGUGCUCUUCCUCACUUCUCCUUCCCGCAGCGCUAUCGUGUAGCGUACGCCGCGGAGCUCGAUCACUUCGUACAGGUGCUCAGCGGUGAGUGCGAUCGUCUGCUAGUCACUCGUGACGAAGUGAACUUGGUGUCCGCAAUAGCCACGGCUUGUGAAGAGUCCCUGCGUACUCAACAACCUGUGCAGUUUUCACUGUGAGCACACAUGAUGCAACCCCAUCCUAGCCACAGAAUUAUUAUUUUAACAAUUUUCCAAGAGACUACUGCUGCUACUGGUGUGGAGCAACACAGGAUUAAAUCAUCUGCUCAGUCAACUACUGCUGCGCAUCGUAGAUAGUCUGUUUAUCUGCUUUUGAAAUAAGCAAGUCGGCCAGCUCUCUUCGUAUCUAGUCCGUACAGCCUUUCCUUAGACAUGGGGUAGUUGCUGCACCCCUCGCCCUGCAAGAAUCACCUGGAGAAGAGGAGAUCCGUACACUGCACACGGCUACCGUGUGUAUUCGUAAACUGUCGCUAACAGCGCCAUCCUGACUGUGUCGCAGGCAGAAGUGCAGAGGUGGUCGUCACAACAUUUGCCGCUUUUGAAAAUGUCAUGAUUGUUGUAAAACAAAGUUCUGAAGUAUCACAUCACUUGUGCACCAACUCUCUUUUUCACACGCAACGAGAAGUCAUCAUGGCAUUGUCCCUAUGCUCCAUUUUUUAACUUGAACCAGAGAUCCCUAUUUGAAAUACAGUCAGACCUCGCUUAUCCGGAUCCCUCGCCAUCCGGAAGAAAAUAGCUGGUUACAUAUUUACAGCAUACUUGAUGCAUCCGACAUAAACGGUGUUUGGUUAUCCGGUUCCCUUGCCUAUCCGGAUAUUUUUGUGGAAAACAGAUGUGUGCGGUUAUGCGAGGUCUGACUGUACCUCGAUUGGGAGUCCCCUAUGGAUCGCCUCAUGUACAUUUCUUUUUCUUUCUUUUUUUUUAAAUUGAAAACUACCUUUGGAGACAAUGGUAUGAUCACAGUGUUUGAAGUCCCCUAUGGAUCGCCUCAUGUACAUUUCUUUUUCUUUCUUUAAAAAAAAAUUGAAAACUACCUUUGGAGACAAUGGUAUGAUCACAGUGUUUGAUUUUUUUCUGGUUUGUUUCAGUCUCAUGUCAGUUUUAGUUUUUAGUUGGGAGGAGGUCUAGACGCGAACGAUAUUGGAAUUCACAAAAUCGAAAUAUUGUACUCACUGACCUCGCCGGAUCAAGUCGUAUAAAAUGUUUUAGCCCUUCUUUUUUCAUGUGCAUAUAUGUAUAGCAAUUCGCAAUUUGUAGCCUGUUUUGUUUUUCAGCGCCUGACUGCAUCUGCAUGCCAAGUAUGACCAUAUCACCGGACCUGCAAAGGGAAUAUUAGAAAGAUGGUA